AUGGUGUUAGACAAUCAUCAAACAUCAAACACGCACAUUAAGACUGUUUCUGAACCGAUUGACUGGCAAGAACUGACUGAAGCUGUAGGCAACCGAGAACUUAUACCUCCAUGGCGGCGUUCAUCAUCCGUCGAAGAACGUUAUAUCAGACACACAACACAAGUCCUCAGUGAAUACGCAUCGGUCAAUGACUAUGUUCGCAUUCAUAUGCUUCACUAUGCAUGUGACUUUGAUGAAAAGAUAGGCAAGCACGUGGCCGUUGCCUCCCCGUCCUCCAUCAAAGAUCCACUUCUUAUAUUCAAUGAAUUUCCCUACCACCUAAGUACGGAUAUCAAACACUGGCUGGUCUGGUUAGAUGGACAACCGACAAACCCCGAAAAACUAGUUCAAGAAGUGGUGGAUAGACAGUUUAUUCCGAAUGAACAAUAUGACAUUAUAGUGUUUGUUAACCCGCAACGAUUGCAGAGCGUCAAUGGUGUAUUUCAUGCACAUGUGUUCGUACGUGAGAAAAAUAAAGUAUGUUCAGUAUAG